UCCGCGGCUCUGAGUCAUGUGCAAGUGGGAAGUCGCACUGACACGGAGCCAGGCCAGAGGGAGCCGAGCCGAGAGCGGCGCGGGGCUCGGGGACUAGCCGUGCGUGUCGAGCGCGGGCCCCCCGGCGGUGGGGGCUGCCCUCGGGGCUUAAGCCCGCCCGCCGCCCCGCCCCGGCCGUCCCCUCCUCACCCGCCCGCCCGCCAGCCAGCAUCUUAGGGACCAUGGGGCAGUAGCCGAGGAGGAAGAAUGCUGGCCGUCCGCUGCGCGUUGCUGACCGCUCUGCUUGCCGCGCCCGGGACGGCGCUGGUCCCGGGGGACUGCCCCGCUCUGGAAGUGGCGGACGAUGUGCUGAGCAGCCUGCCAGGGGCCAGCGUUACCCUGACCUGCCCAGGUGGGGAGCCGGGGGACAACGCCACAGUUCACUGGGUGCUCAGGAGUCAGGUCGCAGGCUCCCACCGCGGCAGAUGGGCUGGCGUGGGAAGAAAGCUGCUUCUGAGGUCCGUGCAGCUCGGUGACUCUGGAAACUAUUCGUGCUACGAGGACGGCCGCCCCGCUGGAAGUGUGCAUUUGCUGGUGGAUGUGCCCCCCGAGGAGCCCCAGCUCUCCUGCUCCCGGAAGAGCCCCCUCAGCGACGUGGGCUGCGAGUGGAGCCCUCGGAGUCCCCCAUCCCCGACCACCAAGGCCAUGCUAUUGGUGAGGAGGUUUGAGAACAUUCCGGGGGAAGACUUCCAGGAGCCAUGCCCGUAUUCCCCUGAGUCGCAGCAGUUUUCCUGCCAGUUGGCAGUCCCGGAGGGAGACAGCUCUGUCUAUAUAGUGUCCCUGUGUGUCGCCAACAGUGCCGGGAGCCAGUCCAGCAGACCCCAAAUGUUUGAGGGUUACGGAAUCUUGCAGCCCGACCCACCCGUCAACAUCACGGUCACUGCUGUGGACAGAAACCCCCGCUGGCUCAGUGUCACCUGGCAAGACCCCCCGUCCUGGAACUCAUCUUUCUACAGGCUACAGUUUGAGCUCCGAUACCGAGCUGAACAGUCAAAGACAUUCACAACGUGGAUGAUCAAGGAGCUCCAGUAUCGCUGCAUCAUCCGCGACGCCUGGAGUGGCAUGAGGCAUGUGGUGCAGCUUCGGGCCCAGGAGGAGUUUGGACAUGGCUUAUGGAGCGAGUGGAGCCCGGAGGUCAGGGGCACCCCUUGGACAGAACCCAAGAGUUCUCCUACUGAGACUGAGCUGCCCCCCUCCACGCAGGCACCUACUACUAAUGAAGAUGAUGAAAGUAUUUUCUCCGAAGAUGCUGUAAAUGCAACAAUCCUCCCAGUGCAAGAUUCUGCGCUGGUACCACUCCCCACAUUCCUGGUGGCUGGAGGAAGCCUAGCCUUCGGGACGCUUCUCUGCAUUGCCGUCAUCCUGAGGUUUAAGAAGACGGGGAAGCUGCAGGCUCUGAAAGAAGGCAAGACGAGUGUGCACCCACCCUAUUCUUUGGGACAGCUGGUCCCUGAGAGGCCCAAGCCCACCCCAGUGCUCGUCCCCCUCAUCUCCCCGCCGGUGUCCCCCAGCAGCCUUGGGUCUGACAACACCUCGAGGAACAGCCGACCAGAUGCCAGGGGCCCUCAGAGCCCUUAUGAUGUCAGCAACAGAGACUACUUCUUCCCCAAAUAGCCAGCCGGGUGGAAGCUGGAAGUGUGGGGUGUCAGGCCCCCUGGACUGUGUGGAUGCUGAAGGACAGGCUGGCUUAGCAAAAGAUGCUCCUUACUGCCACGCAGCUCAUCUCAGGUACCCGGGGCCGCUGGCUUCACCUUUGUGCAGGGCCUCACAGAAAGUUCUGUACUGGAUGAAAAAAAAGAUUUGCUACGUCUGUCCAGAAGGAAGAGGUGGUUGAGUUUUUGAACCACCCUUCCCCAAACGCCCUGCUUACAGGGGUUAGAGUGAACUCAGGGCCCCGUGAAGAGGGGGGUGUCAAGCCUAGGUGGGCAGAGCCGGGUGGCUGCACAGCCUCCGACUGCCCAUCCCCCCAGGCUUGGUGUGGAUAAGCUGUGAGCUGCCUGCGCACCCCGACCCCCCUCCAGGAGCUGCAGCCUCACGCAGGUGGGAUGGAUUUCCAGCCAAAGACUCCCCGGGUCGCUUAUGUUGGUCCACCGCACAGUUUCAUCUUCCAGCUCAAACUCUUGAAACUCAAGUGCCUUCGCGAUUCAGUUUUUCUAGGCCUGAGGACCAUGCUUUUCGUAAGCCACCCAGGCUGGGGGAAGGUCUCACCUGCUUUUCUUCACUGAACAGCUGAGGGGGUGGGGGUGGGGUGAUAGUAUCUCAGGGCCUGAUGGUUUGAAAUGGAAUUAUAAUGAGUUCCUCAUUAGCAUUUUUCUCAAUGUGAAUGAUAAUCCUAGGCACUUGCUGAAUCUGGAAGCAACUGCACUGUCUUGAUUUCCCUUUUUGGAUCCCAGGACUUCAGGAAAGAAGCUGAGAGAGGAAGGAGGGGUGUGGGGACGGGGUCUCCACGCUUGUCCACAGUAGCAUUGCUGAGGGAGAGGGCAGCCUCCGUAAACCACCAUUCUCCGUCCUCCACCUCCCCCGGGCCCCCCGAAAGGAGCACUGGCAUUAGGGAGGGCUUCUGCCCGUGGUGAAAUCAAAGCUGCCUUAUUCUAGCUUUGUUUAUUUUGUUUUCAACUGAGCCUCAGUAACCAGGGAAGAUAAUAUUUAUGUGAAAAGACCAAAGAACCCGGCAAGAAUGGAUUCGAAUUUGGUUUUUAAGAAACUGCUGACUGUUUUAUCUUCAGAGGGUGGAAGAUCCAGUUUUAGCAGAGGGUCUGUGUAUAAAUAAUGGGGGGAAAGCACAAUAACUUUGUGUAGCGCAAAACUGAGUCAGGUGAAACAGGAGGAGAAAAGAGGAUUUUGCCCUCUUAGAGAGGAGACUCUGGUUUCAUUCUAAAUUUUGUUUUUGCCUUAAAAAGCAAAGCAAAAAAAAAAAAAAAAAAAAGCCUGCCUCUAAUUUCGCGGAAAAGCAGCUUGUUACUGCUCCCCCUGGCGGUGGAGAAGGGAACUGUCCAGCUCCGCGGCACAGUGCUGGGAAGUGAGCCUCCCACGACUGCCAAGCAGGUCAGGUGAAAACCCCCACCCUUGAAAGCCACGAGCCCUCAGGUAUCAGAGGAGGUUCAUUUUAAAAAAAUCCCUGAACUUGUUACCUUCCUCUUUUUAGUUCGUUCCUUGAGUGUGAUUCGGUUUAGCUAGUACUGAAGCACCGACUAAAUGUCUAGCGGUGACACUGCGCUAACCACGUCAGUUUACUUUUCUGUCUGGGCUUUGAAAAUUCUGUGAUGUUAGUGGUUUUAUCCAAACAAGCACCCUCAAGUAUCCUGGGAUGUCCCAGAAUGAAGCUGUGAUGAAAAUCAGUCAUGUAACCACCACUAAAAAUUUACCAGACCAAAAAAACUUCUAGUAGUCUCCCCUUUUAGAGAAACAACCACCUGCACCAGACAGGUGGGGCAAGGAUGGAAAUGACCAUGUUUUAUUAACUGUUUUUCCAGGUUCAAACUGUUACGAUGCUGGGCUACAUAGUGAUUUUUCACUGCUGGCUUUGGCUGUAAAUUUCAGACCCUGUUGCUGCUUUUGGCAACUAAUCUUAAGUUGACAAAAGUGAGGCAGGUGGUUUUGGUUUGUUUUUUUUUUCUCUAAAGUUUCCUUGGUUGAGAAGAGCAAAAAUGCUGUUAAAGGGAAAUAUAAGAAAUGAGAAUCUGCAUGAGAUAGGGUGAUUCUGUGCCCACGGUUCUUUAACUCUUGACAAAGUUUUACCCACGUGUAAUAUUAACAGAGCCGGGCAGAGCAGUGCUAGUGGAAGAUGUGAAAUCCAGAUAGCUCAUGACUGCUGAGAGCUAGGCAGCUUUGAUCUCCAAACUGUUAUUGCUUUCAUUAUUAUUGGAACGGAACUGCUUUGUUUUUUUUUUUUUUUUUUAAUUGAAGAGGGGUUUUUUUCCCUUUAUUUUUUUAUAAGCUAGUAUAGAUGAAGGAAAAAUAUUUGUCUUCUGUGGGUUGAAGGCCUUGCUCAGUGUACACAGGUAUAUGGCCUCAGCUUUCUCUGUCCUUGAAUCUGGUCAGUGAACGUGUGUUUCAACCCACAGGUCAUCCUUACCUGUGUUUCUGCAGCACACACACUGCCUUUUAUCCUCAACAGUGAUGCUAUUCACCUAAUACCUGUAGCAAUCUGCUACACAGCCAGAUGUGAAAUGUUAGCACAGCCACAAUUUUUAUUACAGAUGGGCAGCUUAUCCUACUGGGUGGGAAAAAAUGAAAAUAUGCUUGUUCAAGGUCUCAAUUAAAGUGGUGAUUAAUUCUUGUAGCAUUAAUGAAAAAAAAAGGUCAAGGAGGUCGCAUUGAAUGUGUCUACAAAGACUUUGGUAACUCUGAGAGCUCUUGCAGUUUGUUUGCCAGGCUCUGGGCGCACCCCAAGUCUCCACCGUUUCCCUGUUGUCCCUCAGGGAAGGAAACACCAUGACAAGGGGUGGAAUCCGCUGCUGGAAGGGACUGGGAGCCCACCUGGUGGUGAACAGAGCUCAGUGGGGCAGGCUGGGAGUGGUCAUGGUUUGUGGGUUUCCUGCAGAAUGUUCAGGAAUGUCUUGCCCAGCUGCUUUGGUGCUGAGCUGUAUUGCUUCAUCAGAGGCACUUAAGAUUGACCCAGCUGGGGAGGAGUCUGACGCUCAGCUGCAGGUGGAGUUGGUGAGAAAUUUGUCUUAAUUUGGAGAAGCAGGGGCAACUGGUGGUCCUUGGAGCGUGAGCCAGGAUCGCAGCCCACCAUGCGGCAGUUGGCAGUGGAGCUGUUGUGGGAAGGGAGCCCAGCUGGCUCAGCUUCUGUGCCAGACACUUCUGAGCGUCCCCUAAAGGUCCUUCCAGCAUCGUGUCCUCAGUGUAGCCUGGCGCCAGUGCCAGUGAGUUUCUAUGGCAACCUUAAUGAUUAUUAAGGAACAUUGUCAGUUGUAUGAACAUAUGCUCAAAUGCAGAUCUACUUAAGGAGGAAAGGAUUGGAACAACAUGUAGCAAGGCUGUUAAUAGAGAAACCAUAUUUGGAUGGAAAUCACACAUCUGUUAAAUAGAAUACCUCAACUUUACAUUGUUUUUUUUUUUUUUUUCUGGAGAGAAAUAAUAGUUUUAAGUUUUGUUUUUAUUUUUUUACCUAAUUACCUGAAAGCAGAUGCCAAAGGCUGAUGAUGUCUGUAUAUGGUGCAAAGGGUCAGUAUGAUGUUUUUCAAUGUUUUCUCUUUUUACCAGCUAUUUUGCAUUUAAAAUGAAAAUUGUAAAUAUUUGAAAUAAAUAAAUUCUA